AUGUUCCCAUUUGGACAAUUGAUAUCAAUGAAAAAUGAAAAUGUAAAAUGUCAAUACAAAUGUAAAAAUAUGUUAACUACCAACUCUUUAUAUGUUGUAAAUAGGAAGGGUGAAAAAGAAGAGGUACAUUUUGAUAAAAUAACAGAUAGAAUUAGUGAAUUAUGCCAUAAUUUAGAUAUGGAUUUUAUUGACCCUGCUGUAAUUGCUCAGAAGGUGGUAAGUGGAUUUUAUAAGGGUGUUACUACAGUUGAACUUGAUAACUUGGCUUCUGAAAUUGCUGCAAGUAAAUUUGUUGAACAUCCUGAUUAUGAAAAAUUAGCAGCUCGUAUUGCCAUUACAAAUUUGCAUAAACAAACUAAAAAUAAAUUUUCUGAAGUUAUGAAUGAUUUAUAUAAUUAUAAACAUAAUGUGACAGGUGAACAUUGUCCUUUGAUAACUAAAGAAAUAAAUGAAAUUAUUCAGAAACAUUCAAUAAAACUUGACUCAGUUAUUGAAAAUGAAAAAGAUUUUAAUUUUACAUAUUUUGGAUUUAGAACACUAGAACGAUCAUAUUUAUUAAGAAUCAAUGAUAAAAUUGUGGAAAGACCUCAAUAUAUGUUAAUGCGAGUAGCUAUAGCAAUUCAUAGAGAAGAUAUUGCUUCUGCUAUUGAGACAUAUUUAUAUAUGUCUAAAAAAUGGUUUAUUCAUGCUUCCCCAACAUUAUUUAAUGCAGGAACUUCUCGUGCACAAUUAUCGUCAUGUUUUUUAUUAACAAUGGCUGAUGAUUCUAUUGAAGGAAUUUAUGACACUUUGAAACAAUGUGCUAUAAUUUCAAAAUCUGCCGGAGGAAUUGGAUUAAGUAUCUCUGGAAUUCGUGCUUCUGGAACAUUUAUUGCAGGAACAAAUGGAUCAUCAAAUGGUUUAAUACCAAUGUUACGUGUUUAUAAUAGUACUGCUCGUUAUGUUGAUCAGGGUGGUAAUAAACGACCUGGGGCAUUUGCAAUCUACUUGGAACCAUGGCAUGCUGAUAUAAUGGAAUUUUUAGAUUUAAGAAAAAACACAGGUCCAGAAGAAGCAAGAGCUCGUGAUUUAUUUUAUGGACUUUGGGUUCCAGAUUUAUUUAUGAAACGUGUUGAACAGGAUCUUCAUUGGUCAUUAAUGUGUCCUUAUGAAUGUCCAGGUCUUGAUAAUUGUUUUGGUGAUAAAUUUGAUGAACUUUAUAUUAAAUAUGAAAAUGAAAAAAGGUUCCGAAAGCAAAUAAAAGCUAGAUUUGUUUGGCAGAAAAUUUGUGAAUCUCAGAUUGAAACUGGUAUUCCAUAUAUGGUUUAUAAAGAUCAUUGUAAUCGUAAAAGUAAUCAACAAAAUUUAGGAACGAUUAGAUGUUCAAAUCUAUGUACUGAAAUUAUUCAAUAUUGUUCUCCAAGCGAAGUUGCUGUUUGUAAUUUAGCAUCAAUUGCACUUAAUAUGUUUGUUGUUAUAAAAGAAAAAAAACCUACAUUUGACUUUAAAAUGCUUCAUGAUGUGACAAAAAUUGUAACAAGAAAUUUAAAUAAAAUUAUUGAUAUUAAUUUUUAUCCACUAGAAGAAGCUCGUUUAUCAAAUCUUAAGCAUCGUCCAAUUGGAAUUGGUGUUCAAGGACUUGCUGAUACAUUUUUGCUUAUGAGGUAUCCUUUCACAUCACCAGAAGCUAAAGAUCUUAAUAUAAAAAUUUUUGAAACUAUUUAUCAUGGUGCACUUGAAGCUUCCUGUGAAUUGUCAAAGAAGUAUGGAUGUUAUGAAACAUUCAAAGAUUCUCCAGCAUCCAAAGGAAUUCUUCAGUAUGAUAUGUGGAAUGUUAUUCCAAGUGAUUUAUGGGAAUGGGAUAUUUUAAAGCAAGAAAUUAUACGUUUUGGUCUUCGCAAUUCAUUAUUAAUUGCUCCAAUGCCUACAGCAUCUACAUCUCAAAUUCUUGGAAACAAUGAAUCUAUUGAACCAUAUACUUCUAAUAUAUAUACAAGGCGAGUUUUAUCUGGAGAUUUUCAAGUUGUAAAUACUCAUCUUCUACGUGAUUUAAUUUCUCUUAAUAUUUGGAAUGAAGGAUUACUCAAUAAAAUAAUUGAAAAUAAUGGAUCCAUUCAAAAUAUACCUGAUAUUCCAAAAGACAUCCAAGAACUUUAUAAAACUGUAUGGGAAAUUUCACAAAAAGACAUUAUUGGAAUGGCUGCUGAUCGGGGGCCUUUUAUUGAUCAAUCUCAAUCACUUAGUCUUUAUCUAAGUAAACCAACUUAUGGUAUAUGUAGUUCAAUGCAUUUUUAUGGAUGGAAACGUGGCUUAAAAACGGGAAUGUAUUAUUUAAGAACUAAACCAGCUUCAAAUGCUGUAAAAUUUAGUGUUGAUAAAACUUCCAUUACCAGUACUUAUCAACAAGUGGAAGAAAAAGAAUCUUUAAUUAAUAAUUCUAAAAAUGGUUCAUUAAGGAAUGAUCUUGAUUGUUAUGCUUGCUCUGGUUAG